AUGUCGGACAGUUUUCUAGCAGACAUUACGAGUCGUCGAACUCGUUACUCACUUGAGGCCAAGUCUCCCAUUAGUGAUGCUCGUAUCGUCGAGAUAGCUCGAGAGGUGGUGAAACAUACACCCAGUUCUUUCAACUGCCAAUCCACUCGCGUUGUUGUCCUACUUCGGGAUGAGCAUGUCAAAUUUUGGGAAAUGGCAAAGGAGUGCUUCAAAGCUACUAUGAAGCUAGACGUCUACGGUGAAUAUGCAAAGAAAUUAGUCCAACGUCAGCAGGGAUAUGGAACGAUACUACUAUUCGAAGACUUAGACGUGAUUCGAGAAUAUCAGGCCAAGUUCCCUCGAUUUGUUACACAUCUUCUGCAGUUCUCUGAACAUAAUAAUGCCAUGCAAACCUUCAAUUUAUGGACAGCCCUGUCCCUUGAAGGACUUGGGUGCAAUCUGCAACACAUCAACCCCAUCGUUGAUCAGAGAAUCGUCGGGCAGUGGAACAUCUCACCCCAGUGGUCGUUGAAAGCACAAUUAGUUUUUGGCCAGCCGACAGGUGAGCCUGCACAUGAAAAGACAUUUGUCCCAGUUGAGGAUCGACUUUUUGUACAUGGCGUCUAA